AAAAUCAUGACUGCCAUUGAUAUCUUGUAUUAUUAACUAUUAUAAUUCAAAUUCCUCCCCCUAUAACACAAGACACUGCCCUGCUUUAUGGGGGGUAGAGAGAGACAAGAGAGCAAAACCCAGACAGCAGGAGAGGACAGUAGCAAGGAAAGCUACUUAAUACUCUUGCAAAACCUCAUCUGUGAGAGACCCAAAAACAGAAGAAGAAGAAGAAGAAAAAAAAUAGAUGGGUUCUCUGAAUUCUUCAUAAAAAUAAAGCUGCUUUUUUGGUUGAUGACAAGACAGAGGAAGUAAAGGUGGUGAAAGACAAAAUAGAGAGAGAGAGAGAGAGAGAGAGAGAGAGAGAGAGAGAGUCUUUUGCCUUAUUUAAGGAGGUGGGUCUUACACUCUCCUUUGUUCUCAAGCAUUCAAAAAAAUAAAAGAAAUAAAAAAGAUGGUAUUGAUGGCAAUGCAGAGUUUUAAAGAUGUUAGGAGUCUGAGGUGUGUAGAGUAAUAAGGAGAGGGCCACCUCAUUUUUUUCUUUUUCAAAUGUAAGGAUUUGGGUACUUUUGUUCCUUUUGUGAGUAGGAUUCUUGAGUUUUUCAUUUCAUGAAAAAGGCUUUCUUUUUCUUUCUUUUGGGGUGAUGGGAGCAGUCAGAGAAUUAAAGGGAUAGGAGUUUUCAGGUGGUGGGAAUUGAUUGUUGUUAUUUAAGAAGGUGAGCCGUUUCUUUUUCUUAUAUAUUUGAUAAAGGGUCAGAGAAGUAUAGAUUGAGGUUUUUAGGAACAGCUGUUUUAGUUGGGGAGUUUUGUUUCUCUUCCUAUCACUUUCUUCAGUUUCUCUCUCCUUUCAUUCUACAGCAAUGGAGUCUUCUUCCCAAAUCAUUGGAGUUACAGAAGAAGAACGUAAUAGUAGUGAAUCUGGCUGGACCAUGUAUCUUGCCUCACCCAUGCAUGAUGAUGAUGAUGGUGAUGGUAGUGAGCAUGAUGGUGUUGGCGGCGGCGGAUAUGGUGAUGAUGAUAGCGAUGAUUCGAUGGCUUCGGACGCUUCUUCCGGUCCAUGUCGUCGUGAACAUUCAUAUGAGAAUACUGACCUGGGUCAUUGCAUGGGUCAUUCCAAGCAUGAUGAUGAUGAUGAUGGUGAUGAUGGGGAGGAGGAGGAUUAUGGAUAUUCAUACAAGAAAGUUUCCAAACAAAAGGAGAAAAGGAAAGAUGAAGGAAAAAGGAAUGAAAGAGAAAAAGAAGGCCCACUUCAUGCGGACAGGAAUUCUUCUCUUGUAUGCAGUAGUUCCAAGGUAAGGAAAAUCAACUUAGUAAAAAGAGGAAAACAGUAAGGUAGGCAUUUUUAUCUUUCUAUAAAUGUCUUUCUCAUCCAUGAGUUUGAGUUUCUUUUUUAACUGUUUGUUCUUGCAUAUGAUUAAUCUCCUCUUCCUCUCUUGUAACUUCUCAAAGAGAGAGAGAAAUGCAUGGUGAGGCCCAGGAAAUAGCUGAAAGUCUCUCUUAAGAACUACCAAGGUGCACCAGAUGCAAAUGGGUGUUUUCGUAUGUAAGUUACGAAUGUCUGCAAGCAUAGUAUACAUGCUUGCAUGCAAAGUAUGCAAAUGGGUUUGUAAGGUAAAUCUCUGGCGAGCCCGGAAGAGCCUUUAACAGAAAACUGCAGCUAGACAAUCAGUUGUUGGAUCCAGGUUUACAGGUAUAUGAUAAGUAAAACAUGUAUCCAUCCAUUCAUAGAAGUGUCUACGGACAUCUUUGUGAUAAAGUGUAACUAUGUAAUUGUAGCUGAAGUGGGAAAUCAAUGUAGAAAUGCAUGCAUGUCUACCCAUAUAUGAGGUGGCGAAAGCGCCAUCGUUGAUGCAAUGAGGUUUAUAGUUCAAGAAUUUCAUCAUUUCCUGAGGUUUAUGUGAACUAUGCAGAGAUUUGGAUUGCAGAUGA